GAACGAGUGUGCAGUUGCUUUCAGCUAAUUAACGUUCUCUAUUUGGAGGUUUAUUUUUUACUUUGUGUAGUGGUGGUGUAUUUUGUCAAAGCUAAAUAGCUGUAUUUGUUUGUCAAGUCACUAAACCGGUCUUCUAAAUGCCAAAUAACGUUGCCGCAUCAAUGAGAAAGGGCUCAACGGUUCAGAAGGUAGUUUUACCUGCUGCGAAGUCAACCAAAGCCGCAAGCAAGAAAAAGGAUGAGGACGAGGAUCCGGGCGAUGGAUUGGAAGAGUGGUCCCAUGGGAAACCUCUUAUUAAGCCCCCCGACCAACUGGAGCUCACUGAGGCUGAGCUGAAAGAGGAAAUCACAAGGAUCCUGACUGCAAACAACCCACACGCCCCCCAGAAUAUUGUCCGCUACAGCUUUAAGGAACGUUCCUACAAGCCUACCAGUGCUGUGGAUCAGAUGGCUGUUCACUUUGUGUUGGAGGGCAGCCUUUUGCAUGAAGACUCUGAUGAGGCUCGUAGACUGAGGGCCAAGGAGGGUCUCCCUGAGGAAACUGCGACAGUCGAUACUGGAGUGGAACCUGAUGAGGAGGAACAGGAAACAUCGGCCACACCUGUGGAGGAUGGAGGGGAAGUGGAGGAAGCAGGAGAAGAGGACAGACCAGACAGUGUCGCCUCUAAAAUCGACAGGAAGGAGCCAAAAGUUACUAACCAGUUCAACUUCAGUGAGAGGGCCUCCCAGACCCUCAACAACCCACUGCGGGAAAGAAGCUGCCAGACCGAACCUCCUCCACGCAGCACCUUCACCGCCACAGCUACUCAGUGGGAGAUAUAUGAUGCGUAUGCGGAGGAGCUGCAGAAACAAGAAAAAAAUAAAGAGAAGCAGAAGGCUGUAGCAUCAAAGAAAGACAAUGACAGAGGCAAAAAGAAAACUCUGCUGCUGGAGACUCAGACUGAUGACAUCACCAAAGUGGGAAAGGCGUCCAAGAUCUUUGAACGGAUGGUCAAUCAGAACACUUUUGAUGACAUAGCACAAGAUUUUAAAUACUUUGAGGACGCUUCUGAUGAGUUCAGGGACCAGGAGGGCACCCUUCUCCCUCUGUGGAAGUUCCAAUAUGACAAAGCUAAGAGACUGUCUGUCACUGCCCUCUGCUGGAAUAAGAAAUACCAGGACCUUUUUGCUGUGGGAAUGGGAUCAUAUGACUUCAUUAAGCAGGGGCGUGGCAUGCUAGUCUACUACUCCUUAAAGAACUCUGCCUACCCAGAGUACAUCUACCCCACCCAUUCUGGCGUCCUGUGCCUCGACAUCCAUGAGCAGCGUUCCUACUUGGUGGCGGUAGGCUUCUAUGACGGCUGUGUGGCUGUAUACAACCUGAAGCAGGAUGGUUCGGAGCCUGUGUAUAAGAGUACAGCCAAGACUGGCAAGCACACAGACCCUGUGUGGCAGGUGCGCUGGCAGAACGAUGACAUGGACAAUAACCACAACUUCUAUUCAGUGUCAUCUGAUGGACGAGUUGUGUCCUGGACUCUAGUCAAGAAUGAGCUGGUCUUUACAGACAUUAUUAGGCUGUCCCUGAAUGGUGCCAUCUCUGAGGGCCCAGAACAGCAGCCUGGCAACGCCUGUGGGACAUCAUUUGACUUCCAUAAGCAGAUCGACUAUCUCUUCCUGGUUGGCACUGAGGAGGGGAAAAUACACAAGUGCUCCAAAACUUACUCGAGCCAGUUCCUGGAGACCUAUAACGCCCACAGCAUGGCAGUGGAUGCAGUGAAGUGGAACCACUUCCACCCCAAGGUUUUCAUCUCCUGCAGUUCGGACUGGACCGUCAAAAUCUGGGACCAUACCAUCGACACUCCCAUGUUCACCUUCGAUCUGAACGCAGCGGUUGGUGAUGUCGCCUGGUCUCCAUACUCCUCCACUGUGUUCGCCGCUGUCACUACAGACGCCAUGGUCCAUGUCUUUGACCUCAGCAUCAACAAAUAUGAGGCCAUCUGCCAGCAGCCAGUGGUGGCCAAAAAGAAGACCAAGCUGACUCACAUCGAGUUUAAUCCCAUCUAUCCCAUCAUCAUCGUGGGCGAUGACCGAGGCUACGUCAGCAGCCUCAAACUCUCCCCGAACCUCCGCAAGAAACCCAAGGUUAAGAAGGGUCAGGAGCUGCCUAAGGGUCCAGAAAUGGAAGUAGCCAAGAUGGAGAAGCUCCUCAGUCUGCUGAGGGAACCGGGGCAAAGCACAGUUUAACGCGGCCAGCCGACACGGCAACAUGGUACAAUCUUACUUCAUCAUUCAUAAAAAAGACGGUUCAUUUGCUCAGUGUGUGCAACAGU